ACUCUUAACCACACCAACAUGCUGUUUUGUCUCCUUUUUAUAUCUGGAGUGGCGAUUGCCGCGUCCCAGUCGUGUCAGAACACGAGUCCCCUGUGCGGCGCCAGUCCGGGAUGGCCGCUGCUGUCCAUGUGUUUUGAUCACGACUACGUGUUCGCCAGCUGUCCCGAGUUCUGUGGACAAUGCUCGUGCGCCGCUGACCCUCGCGGCCCCUGCUAUAACGGCGGCACCCGGGGCGGGAACCCCGCCAACUACAACGAGCACACCUGCGACUGUAACUGUGUGGGUGCAUGGACAGGGGACCGCUGCCAAAGUAAGUUCUCCAUGUGUAUAUAA